AGGUAGUCAACACACACAUCCGACACAUUCAUACACACACACACCGUUUGAAUAAAAAAAAAUAUAGACGAAAAUCGAAAAAAAAUAAUCAAACGGCGAAAAGAAAUCCAAACUGGUACUUGAAACUAGCUAAUUGAAGAGUUGCACUAGAAUCACUUGCGACUUGGACGCCCAGACGCGUAGAACAGAUCCGUUGUCAGCACACCACUGCACCAGAAUCCCUUGGAUCGCACAGGAAGAGUACAAAAUUGAUAGGCUCAAAGUUCAAGGCACCCGAAAGGACCGAGAGUGGACCCCCGAUCACAGUCAAGGGCCAAUUGGGCCCAAAAAUCGUGCAGCUAAGUGCCCCAGGUUGAAGCCACAUCGCCCACUGCUUCCAGUCCGAUUUCUUUUCCACUUUUGAUAGUUUUAUAUUCAGAAUGGUCAUCAAUCUGAAUCCGGCCACCUCGUCGAGCGCCAAUGCCAGCGGCAGCAGCGUGGGCGGCGGCAGUGGUGGCGGCGGCAGUGUGAGCAGCCAAAGCGGUAGCAUCAUUGGCGGAAACGGAACCGGAGGCGGAAACGGUAGCGGAAACGGCAGCGGAAGCGGCAACAGCACCGGAAACGGAAGUGGCGGCGCCGCCACCAGCAACCUAAUGGGCAUCUUCAGUCACGCGGUUUUCGAGGGGAUCGUCCAUCUGCAUGUGGUAUGUGCGGGCGAUUCGAACGCCAAGUGGAUCACCCUGGAGGAGGCGAUGGCAUACUGCCCCACCGGCGUGGUUGCCUACACAAAACUGCAGCUCGCGGAGAUUUACGGUGUGCCGAUGGAAGUUCUGUUCGAGUGAUGAUACCGGAUAUUCGGGAAUCCUCGAGGCCAGUUCGGAGGUUCCUCAUCUGAACGAUGGGCACUGCUUUUUGCUUGUUCGGUUUUGGCAGAACAAUGGCAGGCGGCACUUGAACUUUGGCAAUGUUGGUAACCAAAAUCAAGAAAAUCGGUAUUCGGUUAGUUUUGCAGAAACUUCUGCAUACCGUCGACUUUUUUUCGUGCUUGUUCUCUAGCUAUACAACAGAAACCAAAUUUCUAGUUGUGGCGUUUUGCAAUUUUCCCGAAAUACAGCAAUUACUUCAGAGAGUUUAGAAUACCAGCCGAGGUGACAUAUCCGAGAGAUGUAUUAAUGUUCGGUUUGAUGAAAGAAACUGGUUAAUCUUUUUUGACUGAAGGACGUAUAAUUUUGGCCCGACUCGAGGAUAAUUCGUAACUUAUGCUCAUCAGAAAAGUAUGAAAAGAAUGCACUAAU